UGUACUCCUUUGCCUCAGUUUUCUUGAAUCUCCUCUUAAGCCUGGUAUCAUGGUAGCCAUUUAUCUCUUCAAAUCUAUACACAAAAGCUAAAAUCUUUCAUCCUUUCUCUAUUGUUUUCUGAUUUUGGGGUUCUCUAUUUCUCUCCCGGAUCAGUUAUUUAAAUCCGUUCGUCACUCACAGCACUCUCUCUUUUGCUUUUAUUGAUACCAAAAUCAAAAAAGGAAACAUUCUGAUUAUUGUGAUUUCACUGGUUUUACUCGUAGCUUGAAACAUUGGCGUUGGUUAAAGAUUGAACUGUUGGCUAUUUCUUGAGAACUCGGCUUUGUUUGAAAUCUUUUUUGAGUAGAGUUUCUGGAUCUGGACAAUGGGCAGAGGAAGAGGAAAGGGAAAGAAACAUUCGGUGCGUGAGGAUCUUGGAAGUGGCGAAGAAGAGAAGAUUCCGCCAGUGAGGAGACGAGGAAGACCACUGAAACCGGUGAAGGAUGAAAUAGAGGAAGAGGAUGAGGUUGAGAAGGUUGUUGAAGUUGAAGAGGAUGGUGACAAUAUGAAAAGCAACAUCUUGAGCAAAGAUAUCAAGAACCAAGCCGCUGAGAAUGGCAAGAAGAGGAAGCGGUCAUCACAAGUGAAGGAGAACGGGGACUCCGCGAAGGAGGAAAAAGGCCUGGGAACUAAAACUAAUGCCAACGACUUAAUAAAGUCAGUUGGGUUCAGACAGAACGGGAGCAGAAGGAAAAGCAAGCCCCGACGGGCAGCUGAAGUUGGUUUUGAGUGCAGAUGAACUUUCUGUUGGCUAUUCAUAGAUGAUUCUAUGGUUUUUCUUAUAUAUGCUUUUCUAUAUUCCUUUUGUCAUAUAUUCUUGAUUUUGAAAACCCCAUUUAGAGGCUUCUAAAGGAUUGAAUUUUGUAAAGAAUUUGCAGAGUCUUUACUCUUCCUAAAUAUAUUGUUGCUAGAUUCUCCUUUUUUCUUCUUCA